AUGGUCUGCGCACUUAGUGCUAAAGCAGAGCUGGAGGUGGAUUUCCAACGUUUGCAGAGCAAUGACAUCGUGGAGAUCCUAAACGUCCUGGGCAUCGAAGCCACGCGCAAGGCCUUGCUAUUCCACGUGCGGAUGGUCAUCUCCUUCGAUGGUUCCUAUGUGAACUACCGACACCUCGGAACGAUGUGCGACGUCAUGACCAAUCGAGGGCACAUGAUGGCCAUCACUCGACAUGGGGUGAAUCGAACCAACAUGGGUCCGCUGAUGAAAUGCAGCUUCGAGGAGACCGUUGAAAUCCUAAUGGAUGCAGCCAUCUACAACGAGACCGACCACAUGCGCUCCGUCUCUGAGAACAUCAUCUUUGGACAACUGGUUCCCAUCGGGACUGGAAGUUUCGAUGUUCACAUGGACGACAAGACGGAGGAGAACCCCGAGGCCCAGAGUGCGACGAGUGCGACGGGCUGUGCAUUGGAUCAGGCCACUGUGGUCCUUCCAAGGAAGAUGAAAGGGCAAGAAGAGAUGUUUGCCGUGAAUUCUCCUCUUCCCUACCAACUGGAUGCUGUCUCUUUGCCGGCGGACACGCCAAAUGACGACACCUUGGCGGAUUUGGUUCCCAGCACCGCAGGGACCUUUCAGGGGAUUCAGUCCGUGGAGAUCUCGCCGGAUGAAUCAUCUCCAAUGAUGCGGCAAGGCAACUUUGAAACGCCCCGAACCAUUGGAAGGACGCCGGCGUCGCAGCCCGCGUACUCGCCCCACGGCUCGGAUUUGACGCCCUUCUCCUUCGCCGGGCGCACCACACAGAGCCCCAUGUACUCACCAGGCCCAGACAAGAAGGAGGAAGACGACAAGGAAGACAAGGACGCCGAUGGUCCCAGUGCCGCCUUUGACAGCGGCUACUCUCCCGGUGCCUCCAUUUACUCUGGGGCCAAGAGUGCCUAUACCAUGGCAAGUGGGCGAUAUACUGCAGGCUAUACGCCGAAGAGUGGCGUGUAUGCCAAGUCAGUGAUGUACACACCCUCCGUGGGGAUGAGUCCGUACUCGCCGUUCUCGCGCAAGAGUCCGGGCUACACUCCCAUGAGCAGUCAGUACGGCGCAGCCACUCCAACGGCGGUGCGAACCCCCACGAUCGGCGCCGGCACGCCAGGUUCCGGUUAUUCACCUUCCAUCGCUCCAGCCAGUGUGGCAGCGAGCACCAGCAGAAGUGUGGAGGGUGGCAGUCCCAUCAUUGAGGAUCAACAGCACGCUGGUCCUGUGCAAUCUCCAGGAUAUGGCGCUGGAGCGUCUCCGGAGUAUACUCCGGUGGAUGCAGAGGACACCAUGUCGAUGGCAGCUCCCUCGGCGGUCUACUCGGCCUCGGCGCUGACCAACGUCCGCUCGGAGGACGAUGUCUUCGAAAAUCCCGAUGAGGAUGUCACUGCUGCGUACCAAGCACCAGAAGCUGAAGAAUGA